ACUUGCUGUGGUCUGCGCCCGAACUAUUGCGAGACCCAAACUUACUACAGCGAGGAACUGAGAAGGGCGAUAUAUACGCAGUGUCAAUAAUAUUUCAAGAGGUGGCGCUUCGAACCGAGCCCUACAGCACAACGGGGCUAACGCCUGAAGAAAUUGUCAGAAAACUAAAGAAGCCUCCGCCUUUGAUUCGUCCCUCAGUGACACCCCAAGCCGGGCCGCCCUUGUUUAUUCAGAUCAUGAAGCAAUGCUGGUCGGAGAUGCCUGAGAUGCGGCCUCACGUUGAUGAAAUUUACGACCAGUUCAAGAAACUGACAGGGGGAAAGAAAGCCAACAUUGUAGACACGAUGUUUAAGAUGCUUGAGAAGUACUCAACUGACCUGGAAGACAUUGUGGCCGAGAGGACAAUGCAGCUGGAAGAAGAGAAGAAGAAGACGGACCAGCUGUUGUUCAGAAUGCUGCCUUCGACCGUUGCAGAGAGCCUAAAAAUCGGUAGAACGGUUGAAGCGGAGUGUUUUGAUGAAGUGACAAUAUACUUUUCGGACAUCGUGGGGUUUACCACCAUCUCGGCCAUGUCUACGCCCAUGCAAGUGGUGGACCUGCUCAACGACCUGUACUCCAUGUUUGACGCUACUAUCAAUAACCACGAUGUUUACAAGGUUGAGACAAUUGGUGACGCUUACAUGGUUGUCAGCGGACUUCCCAUUAGGAACGGCAACAGACAUGCUGGAGAGAUCGCCACCUUGGCUUUGGUUCUCUUAAGUCAGUGUGGAAAGUUCACCAUCCGACACAUGCCACAUGUGCCACUUAGGCUCAGGAUUGGAUUGCACACAGGAUCUUGUGUUGCUGGAGUUGUGGGUCUGACUAUGCCACGGUUCUGCUUGUUUGGUGACACAGUGAAUACAGCCUCGAGAAUGGAAUCAUCUGGAGCAGCUUUUAGAGUACACAUCUCUGAGGCCUGCAAAACUGCUCUUGACGUGCUAGGCGGAUUCAAGACGGAAUAUCGAGGCCAAAUCGAGUUAAAAGGGAAAGGAAUGCACAACACCUACUGGCUGGUGGGAAAAGAAGGAUUUGAUAAAGAGCUCCCGGAGCCACCACCUUUAGUUGGUGAUAACACACAUGG